AUGUCCGACCUGCGUCUGGUGACGUGUGGGGAGCGUGAACCCGCUGCCGCCGGCUGCUCCGGGGCCUCUGAGCCGGGGCCCGUCUACCCUGAGUCCCAGAGGAAGAGGACAGUGCAGAAUGUGCUGGACCUCCGGCAGAACCUGGAGGAGACCAUGUCCAGCCUGAGGGGCUCUCAGGUGUCUCACAGCUCCUUGGAGAUGACCUGCUACGACAGCGAUGAAGCCAACCCCCGGAGUGUCUCCAGCCUCUCCAACCGCUCCUCCCCGCUCCUCUCCAACCGCUCCUCCCCGCUGUCCUGGCGCUACGGGCAGUCCAGCCCGCGCCUGCAGGCAGGAGACGCGCCGUCGGUCGGGGGGACCUGCCGCUCCGAGGGUACCCCCAGUUGGUACAUGCACGGCGAGCGGGCACACUACUCGCACACCAUGCCCAUGCGCAGCCCCAGUAAGCUGAGCCACAUCUCCCGCCUGGAGCUGGUUGAGGCACUGGACACCGAUGAUGUGGAGCUGAAGUCGGGGUACAUGAGUGACAGCGAUCUGAUGGGGAAAACGCUGACAGAGGAUGACGACAUCACCACAGGCUGGGAUGAGAGCAGCUCCAUCAGCAGCGGCCUCAGCGAUGCCUCCGACAACCUCAGCUCGGAGGAGUUCAAUGCCAGCUCCUCGCUCAACUCUCUGCCCUCCACCCCAACCGCCUCGCGCAGAAACUCGGCCAUAGCGCUGCGCACCGACUCGGAGAAGCGCUCGCUGGCAGAGAGCGGGCUGAGCUGGUACGGGGAGGGUGAGGACAAGGCGCCCAAGAAGCUGGACUACGACAGUAGCAGCCUCAAGAUGGAGCAUGGCUCCUCCAAGUGGCGGCGGGAGCCCUCGGAGGGCGGCGAGGAGGGGCCCAAGGGCGGCGAGCUGAAGAAACCUGUCAGCCUGGGCACCCCGGGCUCCCUCAAGAAGGGCAAGACCCCGCCAGUGGCCGUGACCUCUCCCAUCACCCAUACGGCCCAGAGCACCCUCAAAGUGGCAGGCAAGCCCGAGAGCAAAGCCACUGACAAGAGCAAGCUGUCUGUGAAGAGCACAGGCCUGCAGCGCUCCUCCUCUGAUGCCGGUCGUGACCGCAUCGCUGAUGCCAAGAAGCCACCUUCGGGUCUCACACGCCCCUCGGCCUCCAGCUCCUUCGGCUAUAAGAAACCGGCUCCCGCCACUGGCACAGCCACUGUCAUGCAGGCUGGGGGCUCGGCCACGCUCGGGAAGAUCCAGAAGAGCUCCGGCAUCCCUGUGAAGCCAGUCAGUGGGAGGAAAACAAGCCUGGAUGUCUCCAACGCAGCCGAGCCUGGCUUUCUGGCCCCAGGGGCUCGUUCCAACAUCCAGUACCGCAGCCUGCCCCGGCCGGCCAAGUCCAGCUCCAUGAGUGUGACUGGCGGCCGUGGUGCCAACCGGCCGGUCAGCAGCAGCAUUGAUCCCAGCCUGCUGAGCACCAAGCAGGGCAGCAUCUCGGUGUCACGGCUCAAGGAGCCGUCCAAGAUUGGUGCCGGCCGUGGCACGCCGGCUCCUGUGAACCAGACGGACCGCGAGAAGGAGAAGGCCAAGGCCAAGGCGGUGGCACUUGACUCUGAGUGUGGGACGAUGAAGAGCGCUUCCACUUCCGAUGGCAGCAGGUGCCUGGCACAGCUUUGCCCAGCACCCCGCCGUGGCCAACACCCGAGUCUCACCUGCUUCUUUACCCAUUUUCCCCCCUCCAGAGCAGCUGCCAAGACCUAUGUGAAGCCUCCCUCACUGGCCAACUUGGACAAGGUCAACUCCAACAGCCUAGAUUUGCCCUCCUCCAGCGAGCUGCAGCCCCCCCACACUGCCAAGCUCCAAGACCUGCACCCGGCCGGCGGGCACCUCGCGCCCUGCUCCAGCCCCAGUCCUGCCCCCAUCCUCAACAUCAACUCGGCCAGCUUCUCCCAGGGCCUGGAGCUCAUGGGUGGCUUCAGCGUCCCCAAGGAGGGCAGGAUGUACCCCAAGCUCUCAGGCCUGCACCGCAGCAUGGAGUCCCUGCAGAUGCCCAUGAGCCUGCCCAGUGCCUUUUCGGGGGGCAGCACCACCACUCCAACACCUGCUGCCGCACCCCCAGCCAGCACGGAGGAGGAGGAAGAGGAGGAAGAGGCAGGGGAGCUGGGCUGGAGCGGGAGCCCCCGUCUUGCACAUCUGGACAGUGCCAACCGCGACAGGAACACGCUGCCCAAGAAAGGGUUGAGGUACCAGCUCCACUCCCAGGAGGAGGCCAAGGAGCGGCGCCAUUCGCAUGCCAUCAGCAGCGGGCUCCCCGAGUCGGACGACCAGCAGGAGCUGCCCUCGCCCCCCACCCUCCCCAUGGCACUGGUCGGGAAGGGUCCGCUCACCAGCAUCGUGAGCCCCACUGCCGCCGCAACCCCACGGAUCACCCGCUCCAACAGCAUCCCCACCCACGACUCCACCUUCGAGCUGUACAGCACGUCCCAGAUGGGCAGCACCCUCUCGCUGGCCGACAAGCCCAAGGGCAUGAUCCGCUCGGGCUCCUUCCGGGACCCUGUGGACGAUGUUCAUGGAUCGGUGCUGUCCCUGGCCUCGAGCGCGUCCUCCACCUACUCCUCCGCUGAGGAGAAGAUGCAGUCUGAGCAAAUCCGCAAGCUGCGCCGCGAGCUGGAGUCCUCACAGGAGAAGGUGGCCACCCUGACGUCCCAGCUGUCUGCUAAUGCCAACCUGGUGGCAGCGUUUGAGCAGAGCCUGGUGAGCAUGACAUCCCGCCUGCGGCACUUGGCUGAGACUGCUGAGGAGAAGGACACAGAGCUGUUGGACCUGCGAGAGACCAUUGACUUCCUGAAGAAGAAGAACUCGGAGGCCCAAGCUGUGAUCCAGGGUGCCCUGAAUGGCACUGAUGUCACCCCCAAAGAGCUGCGCAUCAAGCGGCAGAACUCCUCUGACAGCAUCUCCAGCCUCAACAGCAUCACCAGCCACUCCAGCAUCGGCAGCAGCAAGGAUGCUGAUGCCAAAAAGAAGAAGAAGAAGAGCUGGGUGUACGAGCUACGCAGCUCCUUCAACAAGGCCUUCAGCAUCAAGAAGGGACCCAAAUCAGCCUCGUCCUACUCGGAUAUUGAGGAGAUCGCCACGCCAGAUUCGUCGGCACCCUCCUCCCCCAAGCUUCAGCAUGGCUCCACGGAGACCGCCUCGCCCUCCAUCAAAUCCUCCACGUCCUCCUCUGUGGGCAUCGACACGGCUGAGCUUUUCCAGGCCCAUGGUGAGGGUGAGCCAGAGAAGAAGGAGGUGUCAGAGCUGCGGUCAGAGCUGUGGGAGAAGGAGAUGAAGCUGACGGACAUUCGCCUGGAGGCCCUCAACUCAGCCCACCAGCUGGAGCAGCUGCGGGAGACCAUGCACAACAUGCAGCUGGAGGUGGAUCUCCUGAAGGCCGAGAACGACCGGCUCAAAGUGGCUCCGGGACCCUCGGCAGUGCCAGGCUCCGUUCCUGGCCAUGUCACAAGCACAUCAGCCUCCUCUUCACCACGGCGCUCCCUGGGUCUCACCCUUGGCCAUGCCUUCAGCCCCAGCCUGGGGGACUCAGAUGUGUCCCCCAUGGAUGCUGUUAGUGCUGGUACCCAGAAGGAUGAGCUGACACUGCGGAUUGUGGUGCGCAUGCCACCCCAGCACAUCAUCAAGGGGGUGAGCGGGAAGGUGGACUGGAAGAUGCUGGAUGAGGCUGUCUGCCAGGUCUUCAAGGAUUACAUCACGAAAAUGGAUCCUGCUUCCACACUGGGGCUCAGCACCGAGUCUGUCUAUGGCUACAGCAUCAGCCACAUCAAGCGGAUUCUGGACACGGAGCCACCAGAGCUGCCGCUGUGCCGCCGGGGCCUGACCAGCAUCGUCGUGACGCUCAAAGGCUUGAAGGAGAAGUGCGUGGACAGCCUGGUGUUCGAGACGCUCAUCCCCAAGCCCAUGAUGCAGCAUUACAUCAGCCUCCUGCGGAAGCCCCGGCGGCUCAUCCUCUCGGGACCCAGCGGCACUGGCAAGACCUACCUGACCAACCGCUUGGCCGAGUACCUGGUGGAGCGCUCGGGACGUGACGUCACCGAGGGCAUUGUCAGCACCUUCAACAUGCACCAGCAGUCUUGCAAGGACCUGCAGCUGUACCUCUCCAACCUGGCCAACCAGAUCGACCGGGAGACAGGCACAGCAGACGUGCCGCUGGUGAUCCUCCUGGACGACCUCAGUGAGGCGGGCUCCAUCAGCGAGCUCGUCAACGGCGCGCUCACCUGCAAGUACCACAAAUGCCCCUACAUCAUUGGGACCACCAACCAGCCUGUGAAGAUGACCCCAAACCAUGGCCUCCAUCUCAGCUUCAGGAUGCUGACCUUCUCGAACAACGUGGAGCCAGCCAAUGGCUUCCUGGUGCGCUACCUGCGGCGAAAGCUGCUGGAGUCGGACACAGAUGUCAACGCCAACAAGGAGGAGCUGCUGCGUGUGCUGGACUGGGUGCCCAAGCUUUGGUACCACUUGCACACCUUCCUGGAGAAACACAGCACCUCCGACUUCCUCAUCGGUCCCUGCUUCUUCCUGUCCUGCCCCAUUGGAAUUGAGGAUUUCCGGACCUGGUUCAUAGACCUGUGGAACAACUCCAUCAUCCCUUACCUGCAGGAGGGAGCAAAAGAUGGGCUCAAGGUCCAUGGACAGAAGGCAGCCUGGGAGGACCCCGUGGAGUGGGUGCGAGACACCCUGCCAUGGCCAUCAGCCCAGCAGGACCAGUCCAAGCUGUACCACCUGCCCCCACCCACCAUCGGGCCCCACAGCACCGUUUCCCCUCCUGAGGAGCGCACCGUCAAAGACACGACGCCCAGCUCCCUGGACUCAGACCCUCUGAUGGCCAUGCUGCUGAAGCUCCAGGAAGCCGCCAACUACAUCGAGUCUCCGGACCGCGAGACCAUGGUGGAUCCCGACCUGCAGUCGACUCUGUGAGGCCCGGACAUGCCGGCCCAGGCGGAGGGGAGACGCUGCCAGCCACUGCUCCUGCCGGGCUGCUCUCCUUUUCCUUUGGUAUCCCGGAGCGCGGGGCUGGCAAGCGAGCAGAGAGGACCGGGGCUCUGGCGCAUCCCGGCAGAGUGUGGGGAAGCUCGGCUCGUCUGUGGGAGAGCGCGAGGUGCCG